GUCAAUGGUAUUUUGUAUGGUAUUUUGGAAAUACGGUCGUGAAAUUGCAAUUAUUAAAAUACAUUGAGUUAAUCUCAAUUACAUUACUUAGUUUAAUAUAAAUAAUUAACAUGGCUUCAACAAGUGCGGAUUCACAAUCUACGAUAGCUCAAAAAACUUGGGUGAUGGCGAACAACAUUGAAACUGUUUCAAGUGUUGAUGAUAUUUAUCGUUACGAUAAAAAACAGCAACAAGAUAUACUCACCGCAAAACCAUGGGAAAAAGACCCUCAUUUCUUCAAAGACAUCAAGAUAUCUGCAUUGGCUCUACUCAAGAUGGUAAUGCAUGCAAGAUCGGGUGGCACUUUAGAAGUGAUGGGGCUGCUACUGGGUAAAGUGGAUGCCAAUACCAUGAUAGUCAUGGAUUCCUUUGCUCUGCCAGUCGAAGGAACAGAAACGAGGGUCAACGCCCAGGCUCAAGCGUAUGAAUAUAUGACAGCUUAUAUUGAAGCUGCGAAGCAGGUUGGUAGACAUGAAAAUGCUAUAGGUUGGUACCACAGUCACCCGGGCUACGGCUGCUGGUUGUCUGGCAUUGAUGUCUCCACACAGAUGCUGAAUCAGAACUUCCAAGAGCCAUUUGUAGCUAUUGUCAUAGACCCGGUCAGAACCAUCUCCGCCGGAAAAGUUUGCUUGGGAGCUUUCAGAACUUAUCCUAAGGGUUACAAACCAGCAAAUGAAGAGCCUUCAGAAUACCAGACUAUUCCUCUCAACAAAAUAGAAGACUUUGGAGUGCACUGCAAGCAAUACUAUUCAUUGGAGGUGUCAUAUUUCAAGUCGUCACUGGACAGGAGGCUCCUGGAUUCCCUCUGGAACAAAUACUGGGUGAACACCCUGAGUAGUUCCAGUCUCAUCACAAAUGCAGACUACACUACGGGACAAAUAUUUGAUCUGUCAGAUAAAUUGGAGCAGAGUGAAGUUUGUUUGGGUCGCGGUGUGUACGCUGGUACUGAUCCAAAUGAAAAGAGAACAGAAGACAAACUGGGUAAGGCAACGAAAGACGCCUGUAAGACCACCAUAGAAGUAAUCCACGGUCUCAUGGCACAGAUGAUCAAAGACAGACUGUUCAAUAGCGUGAGCGGCAGACCCUCGCCUGCUACACCCAUGAUUGAAAAUUAAUGAAAUUAUAAUUAGAAAUACUUCUUUUACUCUAUACUGCUAAUUACGGUUAAUUUGUAAAGUUGAUAAACUAAACGCAUAGUUAUUGGACAGUGUACCUUUUAAGUCAAUAAAAAAUAUAAAAUAU